AUGGCGUCGUUCAUCUCCAGAACUGGAGACUUCUACGAUCCUGAGCAGACGAAACGGAGUUUAUCGGCUUUAAAUGAUCAGAGGAACUUAUCACAGUUUUGUGAUGUGGUGCUGAGAGUGUUGAAUACCCAGAUAUACGCUCAUUCGAAUGUUUUAGCCGCUGCAAGUCCAUAUUUUGAAUCGUUUUUGGGUGUCGGUGCAGACUGCCCGAGAAUGUUUUCACAAAAACACCCACAGAUUAUUGAAAUUCAUAUAGACACGAAGGAUGAGGAUAGUGGUUAUGGUGAAGCGGUUAGUAAAGUCGUGGAGUUUAUGUAUACCAGUCGUAUAACGCUGACUCCGACUUUAGUGUUUCAAGUUCUGGAGAUUGGAAAAAUCAUGCAGAUGGAUAAGUUGCUAGAGUUUUGUGAACUUUUUCAAAAUGGAGAGGAUAGUAAUUAUCCAAAGGAUAUGGCAACAUGCACUACGGGAUUGCAGGAAAUUGCAAAUCUCCUCGGGUCUCGGUCUAGAUCCGUUAAACAUAUCAGUGUGGCUACCGAAACAGAAGAAACAAUGUUUAAGAAAAUUGAAGCAUCUUCUUCGGUGGUAACUUCAUUUCCUUCACUGCAAUUGUCGGAGAUUUAUCAACAAGAAGAGACACAUUUGCAAUUGAAGGAUUACCAGCCUCAGCAAGUGAUUUCCUCUGCAUUUCAAGAUGUGAGUGAAUAUGAGGGGGUUGUGAAAGAAGAGAAUGAUGCGUCAGUUCUCCAAGAGACAUCUGCAGUUGGUUUUGACUGUGACAAUAUUGAUCAGAAUGAUGCUUCUCUACUUUUAGCAAUAAGCAAUGUUCGACCUCCAGUUGUUACAACACAAGUAGAAAAUAUUGCCGAACACACAGAAGAUUCUACAGCCAAUCUAGGCCAGUCAGAAUCCCAGGUGUUCAUUGAAAAUUGUUUCAGUGGCUGUCCUGCAUCGCUGGACAUGAACACUAAUGUGGUCAAAGCUGAAGAGAUGACUUGUGAUACACAAGAACCAUCUGCAGAACUACAGCCUACAUUUUCAGAACUAGUGCCUUUGCAGAAUGACCUUGCUUCCAAAAAAGGAUUUAGCUUGGAAGAUAUUUCCGACCUGGUACAGUUCAGCUCUGCAACAUCUGUAUUAGUAAAGGCGUCUAAAGUUCGAGGUAGAGGUCGGCCGAGAGGGAGAGGUCGUGGAAGGGGUAGAAGACCCGGGCGACCUCGCAAAGUGAAAGAAGAACCUGACAGUGAUCCAGAGUUUGAAGAGUUUAUUGAUCGAGUUGAAAAGGGUGACAGUUCAGUUCCAGUUGGAUUUGAAGAACACAACGAAAAUGAUAAAAUUGAUGUUAAGGAGGAGUCACUUCUCAAAUCCACUGACAUAAUUACAGUACAGGAUAAAAUAUUUACUCCAUCGGAGAGAGUACAAGAAGAAAUUCAUUCAUCAUUAAACUGGAAAAGUCGAAGAAAAUCUAAGCCAUCACUGCUGAGGAAAGAUUAUGUCAUGCAUUCUUUAACUAAGAAAAGUCGAAAACAUGAAAUGUUUAAGUCAGAAGAACUGCAGCCAGAAGUCACGGAACUCAAACCUAAAGACCCGUCAGCAAUUUCUACUGUGAAGUUAGUGUGCCAGAAGUGUGAUUUUAUUACCUCUUAUUUCAAGGAGUAUCGUCAGCAUAUGAAGACACACCCAGAAACUGAUCCUCGAUAUUUUACCUGUGAUAAAUGUCAGUUUAAGACAACAAAGUCACGUGAAUUCAGUUCUCAUAAACACAAACAUAUGAAAGAUGAGUUUAUAUGUCCUCUGUGCAGUCAUCAGUCAAACUCAGUUGAUGAAUUUGUAGAACAUUCACACAAGCAUUCGGGUGGUUUUCCCUUCUUUUGCACAGAAUGUGAUUCCCGAUUCCGUACCAAGAAUCAGCUGAUUGCUCACAAACCCAAGCACCAGGUGGAGAAACCGUUUGUUUGUGCCAUCUGUGGUUCUGGGUUCAAAUGGAAACAUGCCUUGAAAAAUCACAUGAUAACCCACAGCGCUACAAAAGAUCAGCUUUGUGAUGAGUGUGGUUACGCUACGGCCCAUAAGUCACAACUGAAAGCUCAUAAACUCAUCCACACUGGUCACCUUUUUAAGUGUCCGGUCACCGGCUGCCAUUUUGAGGCCACCAAACGACAAAAUCUCAAGUACCAUAUGGUCACUCACACGCAUGAGAAGCCACACCAAUGUGAAGUUUGUGGGCAGAGCUUCUCGUUGAUAAAAAACAUGCGUCGGCACAUGCUUCUUCACACCAACACCCGUCCAUUUUCCUGCAAGAUCUGCUCCUUUUCCACGACGCGUUACGAUAAGCUGAAGGAGCACAACCUCAAAUUACACAACAUUGGAGAACCGCCAAUUUCUAAAAAGGAUGUUAACAUUACAAAGGGUUGUUCUGUUGAGAACCUCAGACUGAUUAACUCCAGCAUCACCUAUGUUUCUCCUGAUGGGAUCACAAUCAACACGGAUGGAACUAUCUCUGCAGAGACUCUUCACACCAUUGCACAGUUGGCCACGGCUCAGGGUAUGGAUGGCGCUGCACUACAGAACAUCAACAUUGAACAGACUGCAGAAGAUGGGACAGUUUACCCAAUUGUUGCUACUGUACAGUCCUUUACCAACAGCAGAGGGGAGGUCCAGUAUAUUGCAGAGAUUCCUGAUUAA